UCCUAGCGGAUGUGACGCAGCAGCAGGAGUGUGACCCGAGGAACCUCAAACAUGCGUCAAUCCCGAAGAAACAAACUCCACCAAGUAUCGGAUUAUCAUCACAAACCGUAAUUUCUACUCCAGAAACUAUUCAUGAUAUAACUCGAGGAUAUAAUAAAUCAGAUAAUCCAUCAGGGACUCAUGUGUUUGUCUUGUGGAGCCCUGUAUAAUCCAGCACCCCUCCAUGGAUUAACCGCAGAGAAAAGCUGAAUCCAGUCGUUCUGCUCGAGGAGGGUCUCGGCACCGGUGGAACAUGCCCCUUCCGUUCGGAUUAAAGCUCAAGAGAACCAGAAGAUACACGGUGUCCAGCAAAAGCUGCCUGGUGACCCGCAUACAGCUGCUCAAUGGCGAAUAUGUGGAGUUCACGCUUUCGGUGGAAAGCACGGGACAGGAAUGUCUGGAGGCAGUCGCGCAGAGACUCGAGUUACGGGAGAUAACGUAUUUCAGCCUCUGGUACUGCAACAAACAAAACCAGCCGAGAUGGAUUGAUCUGGAGAAGCCGCUGAAGAAACAGCUGGACAAGUACGGACUGGAGCCGACCGUUUACUUUGGAGUGGUGUUCUACGUGUCGUCUGUUACACAGUUACAACAAGAGAUAACCAGAUAUCAGUAUUAUCUCCAGCUGAAGAAAGACGUUCUGGAGGGGAAGAUCCCGUGCUCCAUUGAGCAAGCCAUUCAUUUGGCCAGCUUGGCUGUGCAAGCUGACCUUGGAGACUUCAAUCGAUAUGAUUCCCAGGAAUUCCUUCAGAAAAUUGUGCUUUUUCCAAUGCCAUGGAUACAGGACGAGAGGGUUGUGGAAGAGGCCACUCAAAAAGUCACCAUGCUCUAUCAAAAGUACCGAGGUCUGUCCGCACCGGAGGCAGAGUUACUCUACAUGCAGGAGGUGGAGAAGAUGGAGGGCUACGGGGAGGAGAGUGUCCAAGCGAAGGAUGCUCAGAGCACAGAUGUGAUCAUCGGCUCUUGUCUAGACGGGAUUUUUGUCAAGCACAAAAAUGGGAAAGCACCUCUCAUGUUUCAGUGGAAUGACAUUAAUAAUAUGACUCAUAAUAAGUCUUUCUUUGCCCUGGAGCUCGCCAACAAAGAAGACACAAUCCAGUUCCAGACCGAGGACAUGGAGACGUCCAAAUAUGUGUGCAGGAUGUGGCUGGCGCGGCACAAGUUUUACAAAAUUAACAACAGCAGUCUACAGACGCAGCCUGCUCCAGUAAACACAGUGAGGCGACGGUCCUCGACGAGAAUGUCUCUGCCAAAACCACAGCCCUACAUGAUGCCACCUCAGAUGCACUUUAACGGCCAUUACACCGAACCCUACACAUCUUCACAAGAUAAUCUGUACAUCAACAACCAGAACGGUUUCUACUACCAUUCCCAGACCAGUCUGGACCGCUCUCCGCACGAGUACAACGGCCGGAUCCGUAACGGCAGCGUUUACAGCGCACAGAGCACCAGCUCCCUCAACAACCCGCAGCACUACCUGCAGCCCUCGCCCAUGUCCUCCAACCCCAGCAUCACAGGAAGUGACCUCAUGCGGCCCGACUACGUGCCUUCCCACCGGCACAGUGCCCUGAUCCCGCCGUCCUACCGCGCCACGCCUGAUUACGAGAGCGUCAUGAGGCAGAAGAACCACGGGAUGAUCCCGCCAGCCGAGUGCCAGAGCCACUCCAUGAGGAACCUCAACAUUGGGAACUCGUACGCCUACAGCCGCCCCGACCCGCUCGUGUACAGCCAGCCGGAGAUCCGGGAGCACGGCACGGGCCAGUACCCCUUCCACCUCAACUACAGCUUCCACAGCCCCUCCCCGUACCCCUAUCCCACCGAGAGACGGCCUGUCGUAGGAGCCGUCAGCGUCCCCGAGCUCACCAACGUCCAGCAGGCGCAGGAAUAUCCUCCGCCCAACAUCAUCAGGAAUCAGGUCUAUUGGCCGCCGCCGCCAUAUCCCUACCCUCACCCUCGACCCGCCAACAGCACCCCGGAUCUGUCCCGCCAUCUGUACGUCAGCAGCAGUAACCCGGAUCUGAUCACACGCCGCGUCCAUCACUCGGUGCAGACCUUCCAGGAGGACAGCCUGCCCGUGGCUCACUCGCUGCAGGAAGUGAGUGAGCCGCUCGUCACGACCCGACGGCCUCACAUGCACAAACGCAACUCCAUCGAGAUCGCCAGUCUGGCGUACGGCCUGGAGAACAUGAGGCUGAAGGAGAGGAAGGUAUCCGCAUCUACAGCUGAGACCCCGCCCCCUGGUGCCCAGACGAUGCAACCUGCAGAAUCCGGCUCCGACAUCAACAUCGUCCUCGAGGUCACAAAGCCAGAGGAUGCUGUCAUCAAGGAGGACGUCAUCUACAGGCACAAAAAAUCCCUGUCCGAUGCCACGAUGCUGGUGCACAGCAGCGGUGAGGAGGAAGAGUUCGAAGACGACAGCGGCAGACACACACCUCAGUCUCAGGAUGCUGCGGGCGGCCCCGAGCAUCACAUGACCCCGAUGGGACGGCCCCUCGUAGAUCCACCCGCUUAUCCCUUCAGCCACAGUAUGGAGACGGUCCCGACAGGCCCUCUGGCGUACCAGCCCCAUCCUAUCAUCCGCAAACCAGAAGAUAUUGGGCAGCUGCCGCCUCUGAGAGAGCCUGGACACAUGGUGCCCUCAGUAUCAGAGGGAGAUCUGAGCGGACAGGGACGCUUCAGACAGAAGAGGGACGUCUAUAAGAGACCCGUCUCUGACGUGCCACCUCCCAGAAGAAACAUCGAUGGUCUUCCACCGGCCGGAAUGAAGAAAGGACGCCCCGAGGUCAAGAAGGUGGGUCCCCUGAAGAUGGCGGCUCUCAACGGCCUGACCCUGUCCAGAAUGCCUCUGCCCGAUGAAGGGAAGGACGACCCGGAGAACGCCUCUAAUGAUGAGCGGUGUAAGAUACUGGAGCAGCGCAUGGAGCAGGGGAUGGUGUUCACCGAAUACGAGCAGGUGCCCAAGAAGCGGCCCAACUGCGAGUGCACUUUCGCUCUGAUGCCUGAGAACAGUGACAGGAACCGCUUUCAGGACGUCCUGCCCUACGAUGACACGCGUGUGGAGCUGGUGCCCACCAAAGAGAACAACACGGGCUACAUCAACGCCUCGCACAUCAGGGUUACUGUCCGAGGGAAAGAGUGGAGUUAUAUCGCGUCUCAGGGUCCGCUCUCCAGCACCUGCCAAGACUUCUGGCAGAUGGUUUGGGAACAAGGAGUCUCCAUCAUCGCAAUGGUUACAGCAGAGGAGGAAGGGGGUCGAGAGAAGAGUUUCCGCUACUGGCCUCGUCUGGGCUCUCGUCACAACACGGUUACAUACGGGCGAUUUAAGAUCACCACACGCUUCCGCACAGACUCUGGGUGCUACGCCACAACGGGGCUGAAGAUCAAACACCUCCUGACGGGACAGGAGCGAACCGUCUGGCACCUGCAGUACACCGACUGGCCCGACCACGGCUGCCCCGAGGACUUCAAAGGCUUUCUCUCGUACUUGGAGGAGAUCCAGUCGGUGAGGCGACACACCAACAGCUCCAGCGACCCAAAGAACACAAACCUCCCCGUCCUGGUGCACUGCAGCGCAGGGGUGGGACGCACUGGUGUGGUCAUCCUGUCUGAGAUCAUGAUAGCUUGUCUGGAACAUAAUGAGAUGCUGGACGUCCCGACUGUUCUGAACUUGCUGCGGCAGCAACGCAUGAUGAUGGUACAGACACUUUCACAGUACUCCUUCAUUUACAAAGUCCUCAUUCAGUUCCUGAGAAACUCCAGACUGAUCUGAGACCAGCACUGGCACAGAGGAGCCUCUCACAACCCCUCGGUCCCCGUCGGAGCUUCCUCACAGUGUUAGUGACGGGGCAGUAAUGAAGGACGCUGCGGUGCGCUCUGCUUUACCAGUAUUAUUCACAGAUUUCACUGUGGACUUGUACACGGAUGUCAGUCCCAGCACUUUUAUUUUGCUGUACAUAGACGCAGCUCUGUUUUUUAAUAGGAUACACUGAACUGCAUUGGUUCUUUUUUACCGGGUUCCUCGUGGAUUU